GCGGCGCCGGCCGACACGUGCGGGAGGAGGGCGGGCGCGCGCGCCGCACACGCUGGGCCCGAGCGCGCGGCCUCGGUAGCCGCGCGCGCUUGUUUACCAGCGCACGUGGGUGUUAUUUUUAAAUGGAAUGUGGCGCUGGCUGCGCUGCCGAGUGGCGGGCGCGUGGGGCCGCCCGCGCUGGCUGGGGGACGCGGCGGGGCCCGCGGCGCGGCCUCUCCGGGCGCUGCUCGCGAGACAGCCAGGCUGUCCUCGCUGCGCGCCGCUGGCGUAGCCGGCGGCCCGGGUCGGGGAAUCUGAGAGUUUCGCGCGCUGCCCGAGCCGCGGCGGAGACGACAGUUUCCCGCCGCGGAACGCCGCAGUCUUUGCGCCCAGCUCGGCUCUCGCAUUCACAUUCAGGGAACAAAGCCUCCUGCUUGUGCUUCGCCCAGGAGGCCGCGCCAGUCCGCAGCCACGGUUUCUGGAGCAGAUCUCACACGCGCACACACUCACUGGCACACAUAUUUUGGCCGCGAGAGGGACCCUCAGCACCCUACGUGCUCUGUGUCCUCGCUUCCUUGUACCGAAUUCCCCCAGUCAACAUGUGCCUGUCUCGUGGACAUGCGGCUGUGCCCACUAGAAAUGCGCUUUUGCUAUUUCGGGUUGCCCUUGGAAGGGGAAGUCUGGGGAAGGGGUCUCUGACUGCUUACUGCGAUUGCUCCUCACGAGGCACCUCUCCUCUCCUUGUAGGCCUGUCCCACUGAGAAGCCCUGAGUUUGCAUUUGGUUUACAGCCUGGGAGUGUGGACGGUGAUGUACGACCACAACUCGGCUUCAAGUGCCAGUGCUUGGGGUACAGGUUGGGUAUGGUGGUGGUUAAAAGCUGGUAUUGAGCUUUGCACGAAGAACUGAGAGGCUAGAUCACCCAGGGCCGCGCAUCGUGAUGCAGCAUAAAAUUCCAAGAAUUUUCCGUUGCUGGUUUAAAUACUUAUAACACUGUAGAAGAAAUCCACGCGUUUUAUUCUCUAAAUUUAAGCGAUCUUUUGUCAUUAGAGUGCAGACCUGCAAAAGUAGAAAUAAUGUGUUUACAGUGGCUGGGCUCUCAGCCAUUAGAUUUUCACUAUAAACAUGUUGAGUGUCCAUUUACAGAACGCAUAUCCCAGGGGCAUUCCAAAAGAGUGGAAGAGUCAAAGAUUCAGUAGAUUAGCACAGCAUUGUGAGCUUCACAGUGAGGAAUGGGGGGGCGGGGGGCAGGCACAUGAUAAAGCCAUUUCCCUUGAAGAGCUUACUUGAGGGUAUAAGACAUGUUAAAAAGAAAUUUUGCAAGUUUAAAAAUAGUAGAAGGCGGGGUGCAGUGGCUCACACCUGCAAUCCCAGCACUUUGGGAGGCUGAGGCGGGAGGAUGCCUUGAGCCCAGGAGUUCGAGACCAGCCUAGACAACGUGACGAAAACCGGGUGUCUACAAAAAAUACAAGAAGUCCCAGCUAUGGGAGGCCAGGGUGUAAGGAUGGAUCGCUUGAUUCCAGGAGGUCCAGGCUGCAAUGAGCCAUGAUUGUACCACUGCAUUGCAGCGUGGGUGACAGUGAGGCCCUGUCCUCCCUUCCCCACCACAAAGGAAAACAAAACAACAACAACAACAAAAAACAGUAGAAGACAAAUUCAAGAGGUCAUAUGUAGAGUGUUGGGUGUGCAGAGUCUGGGACACAGAAGAUAAAUCCUCAUUCUUGUCCAAGAUCAGGAGAAUAAGAAGACUCUACCCUCUAAAACCAGGAGUCCAAAGGGCCAAAGGAAAGGUGAAUGUGAAAUUAACCUGCUGUGCAGAAGAGGAUCCCAGGAAAAAUCGUCUGUCUUGAUCAAAGUCCUGAAUAAAGGAGUAUAAAAAAUUGU